UUCCGAUUCAGACGUGGAGACGAAGUCGGGCGAAUGCAGCCGCAGUAAAAAUCCGUGUAAAUUCUCACGCAAGUUUCCGUUUAAAGCAACCAUUUUUACACGUUCGAAAUUUGGCCUCCUGCUGCUCGCGUGUUUCGGCGAAAAAAUGAAGAGGACGCGCUGCGAGGGGGAGGAGGAGCUCGAGACAAAUACAAAUUCCAAGGAAAUCUGUGAGCUUUGCAAGCUUUCUGAUGAUUGUCCCAGUAAAUAUGGGGAAAAGAUCACCCUGAAGCACCACAACCUCACAGUUCACUACUUCUGUCUGCUUAUGUCCAGUGGAGUAUAUCAGCGAGGAGAUGAAGACGAAGGAAUCUAUGGGUUUUUAGUGGAGGACAUAAAGCGGGAAAUACGCAGAUCCUCAAGGCUGGCAUGUACAGUUUGUAAGAAGAAAGGAGCAUCAGUUGGUUGCAAUAUUAAAAGCUGUAGAAAGGUGGUUCAUUUGCCAUGUGGAAUCCAAGAACAGUUUAUCUUUCAGUUUACUGGACAGUUUCCGUCAUUCUGCAGAGAACAUUGUCCCACUCAAACAAAUUCUCAACCAUCCUGUCCCAGCACUCCGCUGUCAUGUUCUAUCUGCUUGGAGUUUGUCGAACCUGUGCUGUCCUACACAGUGCUUAAAUGCCCCUGUUGUCAUAGCAGCUGGUUCCACCGUGACUGCGUGCAGCAUCAAGCAUACAGUGCUGCUCUGUUCUUCUUCAGAUGCACCAUUUGCAAUAAUAAGGACAAGUUUCAACAGGAAAUGCUCAGAAUGGGAAUCCACAUACCGGAAAGAGAUGCAUCUUGGGAACUUGAGGAAAAUGCCUAUGGUGAAUUAUUGCAAGUGUAUCAACGCUGUGAUGCUCUCAAAUGUAUCUCUCAUAAAGGUCGAAAGUACAGCACACAGGAAGGGAAGUGGGAGAUUUUGCGCUGUAAUUUUUGUGGCUCAAAUGGAACUCAUCGAAAAUGUGCAUCUUUGAAGCUGUUUGAGACGAAAUGGGUUUGUGAUGUCUGCAGACCUGCUGCAAAUGGAAAUGAAAAUCUUUGUCGAAAUAUCAAGUCUCCACCUUCAGGGACAAAGGAAAUGCGAAGGCUACUGAAAAGACGGAAAUCUUCUCUUCAUUCAGUUGUUUGUAAAAGGUCUUCUCUUCAGCGAAAUACCCCUGGAGAGAUCCUGCAUACACUGGCCAGUCAGAUCUCAAAGCACCAGUUCAUGUCAGUGGUGGUAAGAAAAGAUGGUGUCUUCAAGGCUGCCCUGGAGCUCCUGAGACAGGCGGAUUUUGAUCCACAUCACUCUCUGAAAGUGACAUUUCCAGAUGAUGAGGAGCAGACCAAUGACAUGAAUAAUGGGAAUCUGCAAAGAUUUCCUAGGCUUCUAAUACAGGACUUGCAAAAUUCAGUGCUCUUUGAAGGUCCUGAAAAUAAAAAGAAUCUGGCAUUGAACUCUCAAGCUGUACAAGAGGACUUUUACUUUGAUGCAGGAUGUAUCAUAGCUUUAAGCCUGAUCCAUGGGGGGCCUCCUCUGGGCUUCUUCUCCGAGGCAUUGUACAAGUGCCUUUUCAACUUUCCAAGGGAUUCUCAUUUGACUGUGGAGGACAUGGGUGAAUCACUUUGUGCAGCCAAAGUGAGGAAGAUAAGGGAUGCUCAAUCUGUAAAGGAUUUAAAAAAAGCUGUCAGUUCUGCAUCAGAUUAUCUUGAAGUAGCUGGAUGUUUGAGACAAAUUAACAGUCUGUCCGACAAGCAGCCGCUAGUAAAAGAUAUUGUGAACUUCCAUCUUGUAACAAGAAUGCAGUUACCACUCAAAAGAUUUCGAGAUGGACUAAAUACCUUGGGUCUCUUUGAACACAUCCAAAUGUUCCCAGAGAUUUUCUCAGACCUCUUUUGCUACCCACCUGCGAAAAUAUCAGCUCACACAAUGGCUAACCUUUUCUUUGUCCAAUUCUCUGACAAUGAGGAGAAGAAAAAGAAGGAAAUAAUAACAGAGGGAUUCUGGAGACAGUACCUACAUGAUUGUGAAGAGGGCAGAUGUGCUACAUCACUGGAGGACAUUCUCAUCUUUGCUACGUCAAAAGACAUAGUUCCUGCAAUGGGAUUUAACCCAAAUCCCAGUGUAUCAUUUGUGCACUCACUGAGCUCAGUAGGUACAGUUCCUGAACGUCAACCUUGCUAUAACAAAAUUGUACUGCCCGUUGCCACAACCUACGAGAUAUUCAAGAAGCACUUGGAAUAUGCAGUAUGCCAAUAUACACUGAUGCAAACAAUCUGA